AUGACAUCCAGGAGAAAGAAGGCGAAUUCUCAACCAAAGCCACCAAGGAACAGAAAGAAGGGCCCUCCUGAUAUCCGUCCCAGCAAAGCAUCCAAAAACGGCUGCGAGCUUGGAGAUUUACCACUCGAAAUUGCAUACCACAUUAUGGAACAUCUUUUUUGGGCGAACUCGGUUCCUCUCGGCUUGACUUGCCCACAGAUGUACGGCGUAUACAAACGUUUAUACCCAUUAAAGAUAAAGCUGCGACAUGCGCUUGACGGCCCUGCUCGUUAUAACUAUUCACCCACACAGAUUCCACUGUACAGAUUGAUCAAUGGCUGGCAUGGCCUAGGACAGGGAUAUGAGCUUUGGACCGAGGGGUUUUCAUGGGAGCAUCCACUUCGACGCAAGAGGGCUGUUAUAACCGCGUUAGCUCCAGCUCGAUUUGUUCUCGAGUCUGUAUACCCACGGGUCCCCAAAGAUGCCUCGGAUGAUCAUCCUGGGAAAAUCCUAAGAAGACGUCUCCGAGAAAGCUACGAAGACUACUACUUCUUUACGAGGCCGCACCACUAUCAGAAAUAUACCUGCAAGCCGUUGCAAGAAUGGUCCUGCUGGCCCAUCCCUUGGGAAGGAGGGGACAAUGCGGAGUUGCCUUUCGAGUCGAGUCAUUUGCCUAACCCGUUCAAUGUGGGCCUGCAGAAUUGGGAGGAGCAAGCCAAAGGUGAUCUUGAGCUCUAUGGAGCUAGCUUAUGA